AAAAAAAAGAAAGAAUGGAAAGAGUGAAGGAAAGGUGAGUCAAACGCAAAAGAAAAAGAAAGGAAAAAAAGAGAGUGGAUCGGUCUGUGCCAAAUUUCGAACGAUUGGUGGUCGCCGUCGGAUACGAGCCAGAGCCGAGAAAUCGAUCUGUCGUCCAACUUGUUGAGGCGCGAAGCAACAGUUUGCCUUUUAAACGCCUCUCGUGUUCUCCACGAUUCCUUGCAUCCUCCUCCUUCUUCUUCUCUUCCUCCUCUAAUUUUUAUUUUCGAUUUAUUCUCUUUUCAAUUCUCUCUCGAAUUUACUCGGCAAAGAUGUACUUGAUUUACGUUUCCGUGGAAAAAGUCGAUUACGUUUUAGAUAGUUGCGUCGCGAUUAAUCGCCUCCUUUCGCGUUUGCUGCUACUUGCCACUCUUGGUUAACUAUGGAGUUGCGUUAUUAAGUUGUCUCGAAGAUACGAUCGAGCUAUUCAUUCGGCGGAACUGUGCUAUUCCGGUCUGUUCGGUCUGGCAGUAGCGGUACUAAUUGCUUCUCAAAGUGGAAACUAACUUUGGGAGAAGCGAGAGAGUUGUCGCGGCGUAGCGGGGAAGUGGGUGGCGCGGGCAAAGGUUGCCGGAAAUCCGAUCUGACGAACACCCUUUUCAAACGAUUCAUCCGUUGGACCGGUUACGUAUCCUCUCCCGUACUUAUCUUAUCCCGGAUAUUCCUCCAGAUACUUUUUCCCGUGACAAGUAAAAAUUCGAGAAUCAAUUAAGAAUCCAUUAACGAAACUCCUCUUUGUUUAUUAUUUUUUUUUUUCCAUCCCUCGAGAAUAUAUAAAUUGAACCGCGUCUAGAUUUUUCUUUACGUACAAGAUUCUCGAAAAAGAAUAGAAUAAUUUAAUUAAAAAAAAAAGAGAGAGGAAUAUUCAACCAAAUGUGAUUUAGGCUUAUUGGGAUAGAAAAUAUGGAGAAUAAUGGGGUCGGUAAUCGAGUCGAUAGGGUGCAUUAACUCUCGAGUAAAAAUCGAGAAUUGAUACCGUGAGGUGUCAAGAGGCGAAUCAUAUAGAGUGUAAGAUAAAUCGCGCCGGUUGACGGUCGACACGAUUUUUCUAUUAGCUCGCCUUUCUCGAUAUACCGCGUGUACGUACUCUAUGUACGUACAGUGGCGCGUACCAGUGGCGAAAUGAGAAAAUGGACAUAAGAAUAGGACGGAGCGAGGCUGUAUUGUGGGGCAGGUCUGCUGUCGAUCAAAUUCGAAAGCGGGAAAUGUAUGGAAAACAAAAAAAAAAAGGAAAAAAAAGGAUGGUCGAGUGGGAACAGGUGGAAAGUGUGUGUGUGUGUGUGUGUGGUGAAGGAGGCGAGUGCGCGUUCAUCGGAACGAGGUCGGACGAGUUUCCACUCGGUCACUUCAUCAACGCAGAGCCAACUAAACUGUCAAUCGCAAAACCACUACCGCGUCAAACCCUUUCGACGACAUCUAGAUUCUCGUCGAUAAACGGUAAGGCACUUGAGCCAUCGAUCCCUCGAUUCGCGCUCCCGCGCUUCACACGACUUCUCGAAAAUUCGAUUCGCGCCACGACCGAUUACCUCCUCGCCUUUCCAUCAUGCACACGCGCAUGCGUGGAACGUGAUAAACCGAGAGAAACGCACGUUUCGUCGCUACGUAAUAUUUUCCUUCGUUUCACGCGUGAUUCCAGACCCAAAGAAUUCUUGACGAGCCCUUCUGCCUAAAAAGAAAGAAAAGAAAGAAAGAAAGAAAGAAAAAGUAGCUUUCUUCGAUCGAUGAUUCGUUCGUUAACAUCCGACUCCUCGGUUACGAGAGACGAUUGGAAACGAAAAAUAGAAAUUGUACACCGUUGGAGAGGAAGAACCCCUCGAGAAGAAGGUGGGCCAGAAGAUGAAAGAGCCGGUAAAGAGUUCUCUCUAGUAGAUAUAGAGAGGAAUUGCUCGCGGUCAUUCUUCGCCGUAAUUACCGAACAGAUAAGAGAAUGAAACACGACGAAAAGAACGGAAAGCAAAGCUGUGGAGAGCGACGAGAAGGAGGAGAAGGAGGAAGCCGAGCAAAGUGAUCGUCCGAGGAAACGGGGGACGCGAAUCACGGAGCGAGAAUGGGCGGAGGAGAAUGGAAUGGUUGGUUACAACGAUGUCGAGAAUCGCGACGAUUGGUACUCGUGAUCGUCGCUAUUGCUCUACUUUUGGACAAUAUGCUUCUGACCACGGUCGUUCCAAUUAUACCAGAGUUUCUGUACGAUAUCAAGCAUCCGAAUGCAACGUUGAGCCAGCAUUUCGAACAAAGUGGACGAGCAACGGUCACCACUGUUCAUCCAACGAGUACCAAUAUCGUGACCUCGACGAGCCCGAGCGUAACCACAACGCCGAAAUGCCUUUGCACUUCAACCAAAUCGAAUGAUUCUCAAUUGGAAUUUCUUUACCCGAGCACACCGUCUAGCGUCGAGUCGACAAUGGGUUUGCUUGGGACCACGAGCAGUAGCGAUGAAACGAGUUCAACAACGGAAUCGGAAGAAAAACAACGACAUCGCGAGUUACUUCAAGAAACGGUCGCCGUUGGCAUAAUGUUCGCUUCGAAGGCUUUCGUUCAAUUGCUGGCAAAUCCGAUUGUCGGCCCCCUUACCCACAAGAUCGGUUACAGCAUACCCAUGUUCACCGGCUUCAUUAUUAUGUUCUUAUCUACUCUGAUAUUUGCAUUUGGCCGAAGUUACGGCAUACUUUUCUUAGCAAGAGCGCUUCAAGGUGUUGGCUCGUCAUGUUCGAGCGUAUCUGGUAUGGGAAUGCUGGCUGAAAGAUACCAAGAUGACAAAGAGCGUGGAAACGCAAUGGGUAUUGCGCUCGGUGGAUUGGCCCUUGGUGUUCUCAUCGGCCCACCAUUCGGCGGUGUAAUGUACGAAUUCGUUGGGAAAUCUGCUCCAUUCUUGAUACUUUCUGCCUUGGCACUUGGUGAUGGAAUUUUACAACUUUUGGUGCUUCAACCGUCCGUCGUAUACACUGAAGCGGAUCCACCAUCGCUAAAAACACUCAUCACCGAUCCUUAUAUCGUUUUGGCUGCCGGUGCAAUAACAUUCGCCAAUAUGGGUAUCGCUAUGCUUGAGCCCAGUCUUCCAAUUUGGAUGAUGGAUACGAUGUGUGCAAGUAGAUGGGAACAAGGUGCUACGUUUCUGCCGGCAAGCAUUAGUUAUUUAAUUGGAACUAAUCUUUUUGGACCACUUGGGCAUAGAAUGGGCAGGUGGUUAGCUUCGCUAAUCGGUCUUGUUGUGAUUGGCAUUUGCUUGAUGUGUAUACCGCUAGCUAGAAGUAUCAACCAUUUGAUCGUACCUAAUGCAGGCUUGGGAUUUGCCAUUGGUAUGGUGGACAGUUCGAUGAUGCCCCAAUUAGGAUAUUUAGUAGACAUACGACAUACUGCUGUUUAUGGAAGCGUGUAUGCCAUUGGAGACGUUGCAUUCUGCUUAGGUUUCGCAAUUGGACCUGCUUUGAGUGGUACGUUAGUCAACAGUAUUGGUUUUGAAUGGAUGUUAUUCGGCAUUGCUAUUUUAAACUUUAUUUAUGCUCCAUUGAUGUACUUUUUACGAGCACCGCCAACGAAAGAAGAGAAAAAGUCAUUGAUAAUUGGUGAAAAGUCGUCUGUACGCUACGUAACGUAUCAGAACGAGGAGGAAGAACAAUAAUUGAAAGGAUGAUUUCGAAUACAAAAUACGCAGUUCACUCCCUGCAUUCUUGAGAUGGAACAACGAGUUAAUACGAUGAAAGAAUUCUAUGUCGAUAAUAACGUUUCCAAAAAUAUAGUUAGACUAAAUAUUAUUUACUCCUUUGUUUAGCGCAAAUUGUAUAUAUACAUAGUACAUAGUAUUAGAUCGUAAGAAUAAGUGUGUGCGUUCAAAAAUCGUAUGCGUCGAUGACGCAUUAGCUAACAGAUAUAUUGAUUGAUCGAGGCACCGAAAUAAAGAUACAUUGAUAUCAUUCGAUCGUCAAAUAUGCGAAUUUUUAAUCGGUUGAGACAUUGUCUAUCUUUCAAAGAUCAUUAAUUUUUAUUUAAAUGGAGAAUCGCCUGCUUUGGAUUCCCUGAAUGGCUGCAGGGAAACCGUAAUAAUAACGAGCAGGUAUGAUGAAGAAUUCUCCAAAUUCUUAAUAAUUCGAAUCGGAUGAAAAAUUUAAAUAUUACGUCACGAUUAUUUCCUUUACUUAAAUACAUAAUCAUGGAAGAAGGCGAUAUCUCAACGAUUGAAAAUUCGCAGCUUUGUUUUUAACGAGGAAGGG